AUGCCAUGGGGCAGUCCGGCUUUCAAGUUUGGGAAUUCGUCCAGCCAUGAAUCACGGCAGAAUAUGAACGAGAGACCAUCAGACAGGGACAGGUCACGAAAUUACUCGGAUAUACACUCGAAUUCUUCUGGUGCUCCUCCCUCCCGGUUCCAGCAGGUGCCAUUCCAGUCAACGCCAUCAAGCUCAACGCCUGCAACAUUUGGCAAGCUUCCUGUCAAUUCAAGUUCCAGCUCAACUGGAGCCUUGCUUACAGAAGACCAUGAACCGAAUCUUGCCAAUUCUAGACGGCUACAAGGACCACCUAGUGUCAUCGCGACACGCCCACCACGUAUUUUGAAUCAUGCACGGCUAAAGAGACCCCCUACUUCCCCAUCCAAACACGGUCAUUCUAGAUACAAGCCCAAUCCUUACAAGAGUAGGAGUCCAAUAAAACGUGGAGGGUCUCACAAAAGGAUUUAUCCCAAGCAGGCCAACUCCAAUCCUAUCAUCAAGCCUACUCCAGUCGCCGGAGCUGAGUCUCCACCACCCAAAGUUGAUGCCACAGAAAGAGAAAUGCCUUCUGAGGUAGUUCAAGAUGCUCUCACUUCAACCUCCUAUCGUCAACAAAGCUCGGAUAUCUAUCCAGAAGAACAAAUCUACGUUGACUCUGACGCUCCCCUCUCCUCUGGAAACCAUGAGCAUAUGGAGCACUCUCCUAGCAACGACCCUGCGACUGUAUCUGAAGUCUGGAAAGAAGAGCAAGAUAUCGUUGCUCCUUCGGCACCGAGUUGUGAGGCGAAAGAAGAGCCUAUAAGUUACCGACUACCUUCUCCAAUAGAUGUCGACACUCUACCCCAAACGCUGUAUGAGCAACUAGGAUUACCACUCCGAAAAUCAGGAGCUUACCGAGCUCUUCAUCCUCGGUUCAAGAAGAGCCAACAGGGAGAACGAGACAAGUGGGCUGCGGAAAUAGCAGAACAAAUCAGAUGGGUUCGCGGCAAGGAAACGGGUUUGAAACCGUUAAAAGUUGGAAGAGUAUUGUGGAGGUCCGAUGGAGUCUCCUUUGACUGGGAGCUGCCUUCUGAUGAUGAGCUGGAAAUGCAAGCAGACAUCACCCAUGGGACUCUAAUUCCGAUGCAAGAUUCCGAGUUAUCAUUCUUGGGCUCCCCACGGACCUCUUCACCAGAAGACAUGCGACGUUUUGGAUCUUCCCAAAGAAAUUCGCCUCUCUGCGAUAAUCAGUCUAUCGCCCA